CUUGGUUUCUUAUAUGAUCAUAUUAUUAAUGUUGCAAGAAAGCUGAGAAUUAUUCUAUGUAACAAUGAUCUAAUUAAAAGUAAAGAAUAUUUACAGUUUAAUAAUUUGAAACUUUUCUUAGAUGAUUGGUUAAAAUUUUUCAGGUUAGAGAUAUCAAAAAGAUCAUCUUCAAAAAGGACAGGAAGUUUAUGUAAAGUGUCAUCUAUUCGAUAUUGUAGAAAUAAAUUAAUAUGUAAUUAUUCAACAUUUAAACGUUCAUCAAAUCUACUUGAAGGAAAGUGUCAAGUCCAUUAUAUUCAAACUCGAAACAUAGUGCUUGUAGCUAGGAUACUUCGAGGAAUUUUAAAGAUUAGGUAUAUUGUGAUUGGUUCUGCAAUUGGUGGUGGUGUACAGUUAUCAAAGAAAUAUGAGGAGUGGAAAGAUCAGCUUCCUGAUUUUAGUUGGAUCAAACAACUUGCACCUCCACCUGACAAAAUUGAUCAUUAUCGCACUGCUUUAUUAGAAAUGAAAGACAAAAUAACAUUACCAGAAAAAGGAUGGUUAAGAAAUAGGCUAUUGAAUGUAGAAGAUAAAAUUCGACUAUUAAAUGAUUGGUUUUCUGAAGCUAGUGAUGGAGAUGCCAUUACCAAUUUGGCAGAAGAUUUGCCUUUAUCAGGACAUAUUACAUCAACAGUUUUUAGAGCUACAUCUGUUUCAGAAGAAACCAAGCAAACAAGAUUUGAUGAAAAAAGAAGAAUGGAAAAAUUACAAGAAGAAUUAAUACAAGUUCAGUUGAAGUAUCAGAGGGAAAUUGAACGCUUAGAAAAAGAAAAUAAAGAAUUGAGAAGACAACUCAUGUUAAGAACAGAAAAGUCACAACCAAAAAGAAAAAUUAAGGUAUUCUUAUUACAGAUAACCACAUAUAUGUUUCUGAGGUUAACAUACUAGUUUUAGUUAAUGCAGAUCUAUUCUGAGGGAAGUUUAAUUUUGCCAGCUUAGAGCUAGCAAUGCUAAACUGAUACCUGCUCUCUAGUUAGUAGGA